AUGAAGUACAAACUCCUGAAGGCCGAGGUGUACAAGCUACAGGAUGGAUCCCCUGGCAACGACGAGGAGGCCAUCCUCAAGAAGCUCCUUACACUCGAGGUCGCCGAUGUCAAAAGUCUCUCUAAAAUGCCCGACUUCAAAAUGAUUCUGAGUCACCUCGAGAUGAUGCUCUGCGCGCAAUCUGAGAAUCCGUAUCAGGUUGUCUACAGUCCAGCUUUCCGCUGCAACUCGACCAAGUACCUUGGUGUGACCUUCAAAGUCUGCGAUAAAGACAAGCUUCCCCAUGAGCCUGGCUUUUGGCUCAAUGAUAUCAACAACGUCGCGAUGGAUGACGCCCCGUCUGAGAUUGAGGCCAGCGAGACAAUGUCGACGAGGAUGAUGACGGCGAUUCUGGACCUUUGGCACCCUGUUGAAGGACUCGAAGACCUUGGACACCGCUGGAAGAGGUUCUCGUCGACUGUUCUCCACAAUGCUGUGCUCUGGGGCGACUACACCCAACAGCCGUAUCUUGCAAUCAUGAGCGCUCAGGCCGAGGCUUAUUACCCUGACAUCCUCCACCUAUACAGUCACUUGUUUCCACAAGACCUCAUCAACUACGACCAGGACGUCAAUGCUGGCUCAGAAGAGAGUGGAGAGGAUGCUGAAUUUGUCAAUGACGGGAGCCCUGGAGUCCGCUCGUUGGACAUGGACAUGGGCUCCGGCGACGAUGGCAGUGACGAUGGCAGUGACGACGAGUCUGUCUGCUUGUCGGUCAUUGAGGUUAUGAACAUUGAUUCCAGCCUAGAUGACAGUGACUAUGAGCCGUGA